AUACUUCAUUGGGUUUGUGGGUUUAUUUCAGUCAAACUCCUUUCCCUUCACCACCACCACCACCACCUUCAAUCGUGUGAACAACCGAUCCAUUCAUUCCAUCCUCAACAUCUCAAUUCAUCAAGUUGAUGCUUGGUAUGCUAUAUUGCUUAUUAUUAAUCUUUUAUCUAUUUCAUAAGACACAAGUGACAAAACAAGAAAGCUUCCUUGGGUAAUGUGGAAUUGCAGAAAUCUAUUUUUCAUUCACAAGGGGUAAACAUUCUUCUGUACAAGAAUACCAAAGUAUUGUGAAAAUGACUCCAUCAAGUAAGGCUGAUAAAAAGGCAGUAAUCGACAUUGCGGCAUGGACGUUCAACAUAGUCACUUCUGUCGGGAUUAUCAUUGUGAACAAAGCUUUAAUGGCCACAUACGGUUUCACAUUUGCAACGACAUUAACGGGAUUACAUUUUGUUACCACAACCUUGAUGACGAUUGUUCUUAGGUGGUUAGGUUACAUUCAACCGUCUCAUCUACCCAUUCCAGAUCUUCUGAAAUUUGUCUUAUUCGCCAACUUCUCAAUUGUUGGAAUGAAUGUCAGUCUAAUGUGGAACUCUGUGGGAUUCUACCAGAUAGCAAAACUGAGUAUGAUCCCUGUAUCCUGCUUGUUGGAAGUUGCUUUUGAUAAGAUACGAUAUUCAAGAGACACAAAACUCAGUAUUUUAAUUGUUCUUCUGGGCGUUGCUGUCUGCACUGUUACUGAUGUGAGUGUUAAUACUAAAGGUUUUAUUGCUGCUGUUAUUGCCGUAUGGAGUACAGCUCUUCAACAAUACUAUGUGCAUCAUCUUCAAAGGAAAUACCAGUUGAGUUCUUUUAAUCUGUUAGGACAUACUGCUCCGAUCCAGGCUGGAUCCCUGCUACUAUUGGGCCCCUUUGUGGAUUACUGGUUGACUAACAAGAGAGUCGAUGCUUUUAAGUUUGAUACAGCAUCUUCGUUAUUCUUAUUCCUAUCAUGCACCAUUGCAAUUGGGACCAACCUGAGCCAAUUCAUCUGCAUCGGGCGGUUCACCGCGGUCACAUUCCAAGUCCUCGGUCACAUGAAAACCAUACUCGUGCUCACACUUGGGUUCAUCUUUUUCGGUAGAGAAGGACUCAAUCUACACGUGGUUCUCGGGAUGAUUAUAGCAAUUUUGGGCAUGAUCUGGUACGGGAACGCCUCGUCAAAACCCGGUGGUAAAGAACGUCGAUCUUAUUCACUUCCCAAAACCAGUCAACCGAAAAAAGACUCGCUUCUAGAAGCUUCCGAAACCGAUGAUAAGGUGUAAGCAAGCCAUUUUCCCAAGUAUAAUACAAAAAAAGGAAACUACACAAACUGUUUAUCUUGCUAGAAAAUGGGUUGUUAUUUUUAACUUAAGUUAUAUGAUUUUUGUUUGUGAUAAUCAUUUAAAUUGUUAUAAUUUGAAGAACUUAUUAGAAGUGGGAAAGCAUAUCCUUUCAUUGUUUUAGUUC